GUGGACCCGGAUGCCCCGACGCCCCAACAGCCCAAUAUAUCGCAGAUUCGCCAUUUCGUUGGAGGAGGAUUCCGCUUGGCCGGUGUACCGACGUUCAAUACCACCCCAGCUAUUUCGGAUUUCGUGCAGCCGUCCCCACCCACAAACUCCGAUUCGCAUCGGUAUAUCCUACUGCUAUGGCAUCAACCUGCCGAUUUCCCGACGAGUAUCGAUCCGAGCAUUGAAGACUUUAACGUGACUGCGUUCGCGGAACAAGUCGGACUAGGAGAACCCAUAGCGGGCAAUUUCUUCACGGUGUCGACGCAACCUGAUGCCGUCAUUACCGAUCCGUGA